AUGGAUCUCUUAGGACCCUCCCUUGAAGAAUUAUUUAAUAAAAAUCAGAGGAAACUAUCACUUAAAUCAGUUCUCAUGUUGGCAGAUUAGUUAGUUUAACGAAUUGAGUACAUGCAUUCAAAAUAAUUUAUACAUCGCGAUAUCAAACCAGAUAAUUUCUUAGUUGGAGUGGGCAGUAAAAGUUCUAGACUUUAUAUUGUCGAUUUUGGUUUGGCCAAAAGAUAUAUAUCCAAAGAAGGACACAUCCCUUUUAAGGAAGGGAAAAGUUUAACUGGAACUGCCAGAUAUGCAUCCAUUAAUACACAUGUGGGUUUAGAAUAAUCUAGAAGGGAUGAUCUAGAAUCACUUGGCUACGUCCUCAUGUAUUUAUUGAGAGGACAAUUGCCAUGGUAAAAUAUGAAAGCCUCCAAUUAAAAGGAGAAGUAUUAAAAAAUUAUGGAAAAAAAACAAGAAACCACACCUGAAUAAUUGUGCAAAGGCUUUCCUUAUGAACUGACUCAAUAUUUGUAAUAUUGCAGAAAUUUGAAAUUCGAAGACAAACCUGAUUAUCACUAUAUUAGAAAUCUAUUCAAAGAAGCCUUUAGAAAAUAAGGUUUUGAAUGGGAUUAUAAAUUCGAAUGGAUUAAAGAUGAAAUUAUAAAGGAGGAGAAGUUCAUAGGAGUGGCUAUUCCCCAAAAAACAGCAGACAUACCCACAACCACUAAGCAAAGUAAUUUUCAAACCAUCAGAGCUCCUCUACUCAUGCAAUAUUAAUAAAAAAUAACUUAAUAGCCAUCCCAAGAGAAAAAACGUAAUUCCUCCUAUAGUAAGAACAAUAAUCAAAACAAAUAAAUGACUGGACUACUUGCACCUAAAAUUAAUACCAAUAAGGACAGAAAUAGAAAAUAUUGA